UCUUUCACCCCAACAGAAAAUUUCAAGCAGCAGAACAAGAGAGAGUGUAUCCGUAGGUAUGUGUGAAAGAGAAGGGGGGGGAUAAGGGAGCGUAAACGAUCACCGCGUUGCAACAGAAAAACCGGUACCUUGGAAUGCCACCAAUGCUUCCAGAAAACACGGCGUGCCCACCUCAUCUUGUUUCAGGGACUUUGCGCGCGACUCAACACAGGCUCUUUGCCGUAGCCGUUUCAUCCAGUGUCUUGCGGUUUUGCCCGAGUCGGUCCACCACUGCCGCCUCCCACAAGCGGUGGCAUCAGGAUGGGGGACGCUUGAACAUAAUGCGAUUCAAGAGCCGUGCUGCUGAAGGGCAGGUGCAUCUCUUUUUGACUGUUUGGCGACGUCGUUGUCGUCGUCGUCGUCGGACUACGGGGCGCCAAUUAAGAUCCAACCCCCUUACUCGGCUAACCGUGUCGACGGUAUGCUCUGCUCCCGAUUGGUCGGGUACAAGUGGGACGGAGACUUCUCCGUCCAAUUGUGAGGCCUCUAUAGCUCUGUUCGUGGGAUUUCGGUACGUACUUUGGUUUUCCUCCUUCACCCCCUGCAGGACCCUUCUGGCGAGCGUGGGGAAUCCAGGUACGUGUAGUCGCUCCUAUAUGUUGCUGGAUCCAUCUACCUACCUAUCCCCCCAAUGGCUCCUGAAUCCUGUGAAUUCAAUGGAAAACCCAAUGCUUCCUCCCUGUUCGGGUGCAGCAUAGGCGUAUUCUUCACCGUAUACGGAUACACAUACUGAGAGACAUACCAUUAUCGACUGAUGUCUCCUGAUGGCGGCGUUGCCGGUCGCCAAGCGCUCUGAGGAAAUCGGCGGAACGACGAGAACUGCGCUGUCACAGUGGGAGCACAAGCUAGCUGCCUAGGCAGUGAUUGACUGACAACUACUAUACCUACUCGGUGAUUCGUGGUUGUAGAAGUAUCAGAUGUCGGUCUGACUCGCCCUCAACUACUCAACCGCACCGCGUCCGAUCUGAAUCUCGCCCCGAACAAGCGCCAUCUUCACAUGCACACGGACGAACGCCGCUAAGUGCCAGCCACGCCUUGGACGCCUGCCCCCGGGGGGAGGGGGCGGACGGGUGACUAGCCGUUGCCCAAAACGCGACCAAUCGACGGCCUGGAUCAU